AUGUGUCAAAAAAAUUUCAUGUUCUUGUGUUACGGAUUUUUUCUUCUCAUCGCUCCAACGAAAUCUCUGCAAAAUUUUACCAACAAUGAGAAGAGAGGUGAUAAUUUGACGAUGCAAUAUGAAGCAGACACUGAUUCCACAACAAUUAAGGAUGAUGAUCAAAUACCGAUAAACUCUCACACCAAUUUGACAUAUGUCAAUUAUAAAGAAAACUCUACGUCUCAGGAAGUUUAUGAAAAUCUGCUUGAAAAGAAUGAUUCCAUGUCGAAAGAAGUCUUUGAAAAUUCCAUUAAGGAUAUUGAACGUAACUUCGUUUCAUACGAAAUGUGCCAUAAUAUUACUUGCAUUCAGUUCUGCUGUCCUCUUGGUACCAGUAUGAUCAAAGGCACCAUAUGCGUUCCAGAUAAAACUAGAUACGAAUUUCCGCAUGUGUACGAAUACGAGAACGAUUCAAUGCAAAACGAGAAUAAAAGAGCGGAUAAAUUGUAUCGGUUUGCCGUUUACGAUCCGUGCUUGGAAACUCAACGUUACUUGGUGGAACGGGGUCAUCAGCACAAUUAUAAGAUUUUUGCCAAUGGAUCUAUUUAUUUACCUUUUUAUAAAAAAUUAUUCAAUUCAAAAUCGUAUUGUAUUGUUCAUUUCUUAAACUGGGGGACCAAGUUCGAAGUGACUGUUUGUUCAGAAACUCAUAAUCAAAUUUACAGGAACUCGAUGAAGCUCCUGCCUGAGCUCCGCUGGAGACUUAAAACAAUAACGAUAUAUGCCAGCAUGUCAUUAGUGUGUUUAUUAUUUUUGUUACCAAUAUUUAUAGUGUAUUCCAUAUUGCCAGAACUCCGAAAUGUACACGGCUUCAUGCUGCGCAAUUACACCUUUGCUGCAUCCAUCGCAAUCACAAUUACGGCACUAAAAUAUAUAUAUUACCAAACAGAAAUGACUUAUUCCGCCUGCAUUACACUUGGGGAUUUGCUUCGUUACAAAAAAACGUCCGACAAUCUGGAAACAAAAGAUGUGUUGUAUUAUACGAUUUUUGCGUACGGUUGUCCAUUUAUACUUGGUAUUAUUUGUGUCAUUGCCGUGGAUUUUUUUUCCAAUUAUAUACCAAAAAAUUUGAGACCAGAAUUCGAGACAGGAAGUUGCUGGUAUAAUGGUGCCCGUACUGGAGCAUAUGUGCUGUAUUUUUACUGGAUCAAAACUGCAUGUACCAUUAGUAGCGUUUGCUUUUCGAUCUCUGCGGCAAGGAAUAUCAAACGCUACGAACAGGAUACAAACUUUCGUCUGUCAGAUUCGGAAAGCAAGCGAUAUAAUGACGACAAGAAAUGGUUUAAUCUAUAUAUGAAGUUAUUUAUCGCGAUGUUUAUCAUAAUGGCCCUGAAUUGGUGUGUGCUUACAAUGACAUGGUUGUUUAACAAUCGUACAUAUUAUUAUUUAUUAUAUGGUGCUGGUUCGUUAGAGAUAGUGCAGAGUUUCUGCACCUUUAUUAUAUUUGUUUGGAAGAAGAAGAUCAAGAUGAUGUUACUGAAACGAUUUGGGUACAAGACGAAUGUAUCGAACACUUAA